UCUGUUGGCAGUGCCGAUCUACCCCUGUGAGGUAUGAACGAGAGUUGAGUAUCGGCCCGUUCGCUGCGUCUUUCUUGGAAUUAUGCCGUUUUAACACACGUUCUACUGAUUUUUACCCUUUCUAAAGAAGCCCCGUCGAAGCAGGAACGUUUUUAAAGUCAGUUUCAACAAUUCCUGGCAGGAACGGAAGGAUUAUAAGCUCGGUGGAAUCAUACAGAUGUGGUGGAUGUAGGAGUCGUUUGGUCAAGAUAAUACAGUAAAUUCUAUAACGUCAUGGUGUCAACGAGACUGUCGAGCAAUGUCGGAGGAAACGGUUCCGAAGGGACUGUGGAGUGUGGAGGGAUCAAGACGAGGCACAUGAGCGCACACCAACCUCAAUCGCACGAAAUCGUACCUGCAGGAGCUGUCAAAUCGCCGCAGGAGUAUGUCUCGAGCAAACACUUCUUACAACUUCCACCGGAGAUAUUUCAUAAAAUCUUCAGCUAUACCGGCUACAAGGCGGUGUCGCAGAUGCGACUGGUCUGUCGGCAGAUGGACAAGAUUUGUGGUUCUAUAUUGAAUUCGACAUUCCAGAAGCUUCAGAACCAAAUGCAUCAUAGGUUUCAAAAUAUUAAGGGGAAAAUGCCGAGGAGGGAGUCAGCCAGGCGAAACCACCCUCUUGCGUGCGAGAGCGAUAUAAUCGAAACCCUCCACAUGAGAUUGACUCUACUUCAAAUGUCGUUCGGCAAACACAUCGAGCGAAAGCAUUGUUGUUUUUUCGCUGGAGAAAUCCUCGAUGAAGUUUACCGAAUAUUGCACUACAUCAAAGUUACACCUAAACUCGCCAGGCCUUACAGAGUGACGGACGAAUUGUUCGAUCUGUCCACUAUGGCGAUGGAGUAUUUCAAAGAGCACAUUGAACCGACUCUCCCCGAGAUAGCUUAUUUUGGAACCGAUUUCUUCGAUUUCUCCAGUGGCCUCCAACACACAUCGAAUAACAAAACGUGGAUGUUUGAAUCUCCUCCUCACAACAGUGGCAGCGGCAAAGUUGAAUAUGAGUCACCGGGGCCCAGCGAGGACAGGGUGGCCGAUCAGCCCGUCUUGCAGUCCCAGCCCCAGACAAAUAUGUUCCUUCGCAAAAGGAUCCGCAAAAUCAAACAGGGCAUGAAAAAGUACAAUUCGCAAUUAACGAUACUCAAGAGGGAGCUACGGUCAUGCAAGUCGAAAAUGGCGGAUCAGCAACAGCAGUUCCAUGAGUACGCUGCUAGAAUGGAUGAUUACGAUAAGAAGAAUGAAGAGACUUCAAGAAAAUUUAGCACCCUUCUUCAGGAAUUAAACAAGUGUAAAACAGAGCUUCAAUAUUGGAGGUCAAAAUCGCCCUUGAGUACGCUUUGCGUCGCUUGUAAAGCGUCGACAAGCGCGCCGACGGGGGAAUUUCAGUUUUUUGGCCUUUUUGAUGAGCCGCAGCCUUCGACGUCGUCGGCCAGCGACGAGAUGCCCAUCUCCUGGAAGGCUUCACCCAGCCCAGUUGUCGUCAAAGAAUCCAACGCGGACGAAGAAGAAGUCAAAGCUAGGCAGAUCGUCGGUGCAAAGCGCAAAUCGACCUCCGACGAGACGCCCACGACGCACAAAAAACAGAAAAAGACGCGUUGUUUCAAAAUGCGAAGUAAAUGCAGCUAGAGCGUCGCCGAGCUUUAUAACGUUUUCCUCUCCUCCCGAUAUGCUUUUUCACUUUAGAAAAAAACAAAAAUUUCAAACGAUACCGGACAAUCUGUGAGUUUGUUUCUGUGUCACAUUCGUCCAGCCAGUGACAAACAGGUGAUAUACGUACAUGUAUUUUCGAAGACUUGUUAUUCACCUUACACCUUCAAUCUGAAAUGUAGUUUUGUAUAGAACUAAACAUAUUUUCUUUUUAUUUCUAACUUGUAUCCCUUAGAUGUACAUACAUUGAAAUUCUAAAAUUCUAAAACAAAAAAAAUAUUUAAAAAAAAUAGAAAAUUAAAAAAAGGAUAUGAUUAUUUUAAUAAAGUGCUUUUUUAAGGGUAUUUAGUUGAGACAUCAGCUGAUAAUAAAAAUUCUGAAAUUCAGUGAUAAUAUUAAUGGAAUGGUGCAAAUAGAAAAAAAAUGAAUCUUUUUUGGGAACUUUUUUUGUCUCAUUAUUAUUGUUUAUUUUAUUAUUUGAUCCAUUAUAUUUUUUAGACAAUUAAUAUUUGUUGUAAAGCAAGCUGGGUUUUUAGUAAAGACACGUUGAAAUCGAUGUUAUUACAAUUUGUCAUACUUUGUUUAACACUAUUUAUUUCCUUUAUUCUAAUUUUUUUUUUGCUUUUUUUAUUUAUAAGCUUGUUAUUUAUACUUAAUAUUUUGUGGCAUUGUAUAUAAGUAAAUAGAUUUUGAACUUAAUUCAAGAUGUAGUCUUAUUUGUAUAUUUUUUAAUCAUCACAUAACAAGAUCGGGUAAAUUAACGUUAUUUUAAGGCCAAUGGAAGUGUAAUUACGAAGUUUCAAGACUUUUUUUUAAGUACUGGGCCGAUGACCAGAUGUUACCAUUUAAACGUGUUCAUCAAUUAAAAAAAAAAAAAGUUUCUAUAAAAUAUAGUGUAUUGAAAAUAAUUGAAAUUGUACCAAUCUUUUACAUCAGGUAAAAGUCUUGAAACGUUGUUGUUAUACUUUAAUAUUACAAUUUUUUUUCAAAUUUCAUUUCUUUCUUAAUCUUUUGGAUUUCUGUUUUGUUUUAAAAAACAUCUGUGCUUAAAAAACACGAGUGAAUCUUUAAUAUAAAUACUAUCGAUCGAUGUAAAAAGAAUAUUAUAUAUAUUAAAAAAAAAAUUAACUAGAAGUUAUAAAUGUAAUAGUCAGAAGAAUAAUAGUACUUUUUAAAUUAUAAAUGUUUUUAUGAUUACACUUUGCGCUUUGUAGACCAGUGUUAGGGAAAUGUUAGCUACUGGUAGUGGAAUGUCAAUGUUAGGUGGCUUAACAUUUUUUAAAUUAGGUUAUUUGAAAUUUAUGGUUAUUAAAAAUCAACUGAUCUCUGAGUUUUUUUAUUUUGUUUUGCAAAGCUUAAGGCAUUAUUAGUUAAAUCCUGUUAGCAUUUUAAUCUGGAAAAAAAAUGUGUUCAGUUAUUGCUUGUAUAUUCACCAUGUUCAAGUAGAUUUACAAUUUUAUUAUUUUUUUUUUAUUAAAAAAAUUAUUUCUGCUAUACAAACUUUUUUUUUUCUUAGUUGUCUCUUUGUAUGGAUACGCGAUAAUUCUAAAUGUAUACUAUUUUAAAUAUUAAUGUGCAUCCCAAGAGGAUUGGUAGGAAGUAAACGUGUGUAAAUCCCCCCCCCCCCCAAUCGGAGCUUAAGUACGGUUUAAUCAUCUGAAAACCUCAAAGCUCGAUUGUGCGUCAGCUUGAAACGCGCUCGUCCGCCAGCGCGGUAAUUCUCAUUGUGCAAGUAUUACAAAUUUUUUAUUUUGAAAGUUUUUACUUUGGUCCGGCUAUAAACGGUAAAUCUGGAUAAUGGCAAAUGGGGUAGUUAAAAGUAAAAUUUUAAAAAAAUUUAUAUUUCAGACUCUCUUGUGUACCUUAAUGUAUGUUAAGCCUUGAAAUUAAUGUUGUUAUCGAUGAAAUUAUCACCUUAAAAGAUGUAAUGAAAAAUUCAUGCACUUUAUUUUGGUAGAAUAAAAUUAUUGGUCAUAA